AUGCGCUGCGUGUAUCUCAAUGUUGGCACACAUGGCAGGUACUUCUCCCCAUACCCACCGCAUCUCACCGACACGGGUCGUCUCUUCAUCUGUAACACCUGUCUCAAAUACUCCAGUACUCCAGCAGCCUACGAGCGACACCUGGAGAAGUGCCAGCAGGUUGUUCCGCCAGGAGAGGAGGUCUACCGUGCCAGGCUCCUUCCCCCUGGCCCUGCUGCCCCCACCGCUGCACUUCCUGCCCACGCAUGUGAGGUUGGCGAAGGCAUUCAAGAGUGCAAACCGAUGGCAGGAAGGGAAGGCGGGAGGGGUAGAGAUGGGCGUGUGGAAGGUUCAGAGGCGUGUGGAGGUGUGGUUGCUGCUGCUGGGGAGGCUGUUGCUGGUGGUAUUGCUCGGGUGGAUGGCAAUUUGGCUGCUUCUGCAGCAGCUGCUGCUGUGGCAACUGCAGCAGCAGCAGCAGCAGCAGCAGGAUAUGCAGCAGAUGUGGGUGUGGGGAAGGGGGGAGGGGGAAGAGGAGGGGGAGGAGGGGGGAGAAGAGAGGGGAGUGAGACAGGGACUGCAGCGACAGGCACAGAAACUGCUGCUGCAGCAGAGGCGUUUGCAGGGCUGCAGUUUAGAGUACCAGGAGGGGGCGUGGGAGCAGGAGACGAUGGAACGUCUGGUUCAGAUGCUGCUGCUGCCCCUGCUGCUACUGGGUCAGAUGCCAAGGAUGCUGACCUGGAAAGGGCACCUGCUGACGUGGCUGGCAUGGGCAACAGUGUGUCUGCCAGGGAUUGCCUGUCCCUCCUGGGAAUGCUCUUUCUGGUGCUCAAGCCACGGUGCCUGUCCCUCCUUGGAAAGCUCUUUCUGGAACACAAGCCACGGGUGUACACCGUUGAGGGCCACACGUUCUAUGUCCUCACAAGGGGUUCUGACACGUGGCACACUCUCAUUGGCUACUUCGCCAUUGAGUGUCCCCCUGCCGCCUCCCCACCGCCCAAGCAUGACUCUCCAGCAGCUGGCACUGAAGCAACCAAUUCACACAGGCUCGUAGCAGAGGCCGGCAGGCUCGUAACAGAGGCCGAGGCUGCUCCAAAGGCACCUGAGAAGCCGUGUGAUCCCGAGGCGACUCCACAGGUGCCUCAAGAGCCGGGUGAUUCGCGCAGGAUGGAGGACGGGGGCACAGGCACAGCAACCAACCCACGAGGGGACUCAGGAGGAGGAGGUUCAGCAUUGCCGCUUGAGGUGCCUCGGAGGUCACUAUUGCCAUCACCAUCGCCAUCGCCAGCACCACCACCAUCACUGCUCACGGAGGUGCAUCUCUCCAGCGUCGUUGUGCUGCCUCCCUACCAGCGGCGUGGUUUCGGCCGCUGGCUCCUCUCAGUUGCCUAUGAAAUGGCAGCAUCCCGUCAGCAGCUUCUGGUGCCCAAGCCCCCCCUCUCUGACCUCGGCAGUGUGGCCUUCAGAAGCUACUGGCGCUGGCAGCUGCUGCUCUCUUUGAAGAAGCUUCAAGGAAGCUGCAGCAUCAAUAGUCUAUCCAAGAGCACGGCCAUUCAACCAGAGGACAUCAGAACGGCUCUGAAGCAACUCAAACUUGCAAAGUACUGUGAUCUCAGUGGCAAUAUCAGUGUGCCGCCCAAUGUCCUCAGCAAGAAGACAAAGCUGGCAUGUGGAUAA